CCAAACACCCACAUCACACAGCCAUGGGCACUUUUGAGCACUACAAAUUCAGAACCAAACCCCUCACUUUGUUUCUCCUUCACAAAAACAAAGAACAAGAAAACUAUUUCAAGAUUCUUUCUUCCUCUUCUAGAAUUCCUCAAAUUUUUCAACAUUUUUUCCUCUCUCUUACAAUCAAUUAAUAUUAUUCAACAUGUCAACUAUAGUUUAUCAAGAUUUUCAGUCAUGUUCUGACUCCCAUAUCAUUAAAACAACUACCUUUAAGCUCAAAUUACCAACCCCAACUACUAUAGUAGAAAAUAUUACUACUACUAACGAAAAAUGCUGGAGUUCCCUUCGAAAUCUCUCCACCAAUUACUCAAAGGAAAACGAAAACUCAUAUGUUCAUCCUUUAUCAUCAUCAAGACUUAGUGAAAAAAGCCUUGCAUUAUGUACUGAAAAUUUGGGAAGUGAAACAGGAACUGAUCAGACCAUUGACACCAAUAUUUUCUCAUUUUCCUCCCGACAGUUCAAAGCAGAGCAAUCAAAUUACAACAAGGUGAUGACUACUGAAAGCUGUCGAAAAAUUCCACCUCCCUUGACAACGUUAAGAGGAUCGAAUUCUAUACAAUUUCGCCCACACAGAGAAGGGGGUAGAUUAGUCAUUAAAGCAUUUGAGGCCCCGAAAGUGCGUACCUAUUUUCAUGCUGAAAGAAGCAAUGGCAGACUUAGGCUCUGUUUUCUGAAUGAUGAAACCUCUGUUUCAAAAUUUGACUUGUCGGAAAUGGAAAUGGAAAUGGAAAUGGAAACGAUCGAUGAAGAGGAUGGAGAAUUAGAAGUUGAAAGCGACGUAUUUGAACGUGAAAUUAACGAUAAGGAAGAAGAGGAAGAGCGAGAAGAUGAAGAGGAAAAUGACAUAUCCAUGAAAAGGGACAUGGAUGGAAAUAGUUAUGAUGUUGAGGCUGAAAUUGGAAUAGUGAAUUGUCAAAGGGUACGUAGGUGCAAUGAAGAAAGGCAGGGCAAAAAGACAUUUUGUGAUUGGAGGAACCCUUUGUGGGUGGCUACUUCCUAAAUAUUUGUCUUUUGGAACACUUCAUUUUCUCAUUUACAAACAUUUCAAUAUUAUUAUUUUUUGGCUUUCGAACCCUUUUAUGUCUCUCUAUAUUAUAUGUUAUAUCUUCUAUAUGCAUCAUUAUACGUAGACUGAUUAAUGGUGGUUCUAAAAUUUCUAUAACAUUGGUACAAAGAAGAAAAUAAGAAGUAUUAAGCGAGAAUUAAU